CUGUGUUAAAUCUGCCGUUCAGUGGCCGUCGCUCCCCAAAUCCAUUUGGAGGAAGCCCAAAGAGAUAGGAGAGCUCGACUUCCGCUCCCGAGACGGUCAUCCCUGCUUCCCCCGAGCUCCGGAAUUGCUGGGAAAGGGUUGGCGGCGGGUUUGAUUUAGCUAGUAAUUGAUUCACCCAGAGACCAAUCUUGUUUGUCCUUUGUGAUUGGUGUGAUUUCUCUUUUCCGCUACCAGGGUUGUUCUUGUUGAGCAGCGGCGGAGAGCGAGUUCUUCAGGGAAAGGGUGUAGCCGUGAGUUGUUUUGAAGGGUCAUAGAUGCUUAAGAUGGAAAAAAAAGGAGAACAACGAUGGUUUGUUCUUCGAAAUCGACACUACUAGAAUUUGCUGCGGAAGCAGAACUCUAGGGUUGAUGAUGUUUGUUGGUCGAAACAUCAAGCUAUUCUGAGACGGAACUAAAGAUCGAGCCUCCGUCACUUAAAGGUGCGCUGGGAGGGCCGGGCGCCCGCCUGGUUAAACUUAGGCCAGCUCGAGCGUGAGUCGAAGCAAAACACUCAUCUGGUUCGAUUGAACCAGGUAUCUGUCGCAGAAACCACCACCCGCCUGUGCCCUAACGCCGAAGUCCUUCUUUCCCCCACUGCGUUCCUCACGGCGGCGGAGUUCCUCCCACCGGCGAACGACGGCGGCGGCUUCUUCCCCUCCCUCCAGCCUGGUGGAUUACGAAGAAUCAAGUUGCCAUGCAUAAAGACAGUGGCUCCAGUGACACUCCAAAUUAUUUGGGACGAAUUCGACAUCGUAAACGCCCUAGUGAGGUUUCUGCAGAUGCAAAUAAAGCAAAUGGAUCAAAAUUGCUUGUUAAUGACCGCAAUAAAUACAAAUCAAUGCUUAUUCGUACUUAUUCAUCAGUGUGGAUGAUAGGGGGCUUCACUUUUAUAAUCUAUAUGGGCCAUCUCUAUAUAUGGGCGUUGAUCGUCGUCAUCCAAAUUUUUAUGGCCAAGGAGCUUUUUAAUCUACUCAGAAGAGCCAAUGAAGAAAGACAGCUUCCAGGGUUUAGGCUGUUAAAUUGGCAUUUUUUCUUCACUGCAGUGUUGUUUACUUACGGGCGCUUUCUUAGCCGGCAGCUUGUCAACACUGUGACUUCAGAUAAAUUGUUGUAUCAGCUUGUUAGCGGCCUUAUUAAAUAUCAGAUGUUUAUUUGCUAUUUCCUGUAUAUUGCAGGUUUUGUGUGGUUUAUUCUUACACUUAAGAAGAAGAUGUAUAAGUAUCAGUUCAGCCAAUAUGCGUGGACACACAUGAUUCUUCUAAUGGUAUUUGUGCAAUCUGCUUUCACCGUCGCAAACAUAUUCGAGGGUAUAUUUUGGUUUCUCUUACCAGCAUCACUUAUUAUUAUCAAUGACAUUGCUGCAUAUUUUUUUGGGUUCUUUUUUGGGAGAACACCAUUGAUCAAACUAUCUCCAAAGAAAACUUGGGAGGGUUUUAUUGGGGCAUCAAUCACGACAUUGAUCUCUGCCUUCAUGUUAGCAAAUAUAAUGGGCCAGUUCCAAUGGCUUACAUGUCCUAGAAAGGACUUAUCAACUGGAUGGCUGCAUUGUGAUCCUGGCACGUUGUUUAAACCAGAAUAUUUUUCAGUACCUAGAUGCAUGCAUCAGUGGUUUCCUUGGAAAGAAGUAGCAAUUUUGCCUGUGCAGUGGCAUGCUUUAGCUCUUGGUCUGUUUGCAUCAAUCAUAGCACCAUUUGGAGGAUUCUUUGCAAGUGGUUUUAAACGCGCCUUCAAACUUAAGGACUUCGGUGACAGCAUUCCUGGACAUGGUGGAAUUACUGACAGAAUGGAUUGCCAAAUGGUCAUGGCCGUUUUUGCAUACAUAUACCAUCAAUCAUUUGUCAUGCCUCAAAGUUUGUCAGUUGAGAUGAUUUUGGAGCAGAUAUUAAGGAACCUUACCUUUGAGGAGCAACAGUUUCUAUAUGAGCAACUUGGGAAUAUCUUUCAAGCCAGGCAACUGUUGCAAGCCUAGUUUCUUCGUGUAAUUAUUGCCUAUGUUUUAUGUACAUUAUGUUGCCUAUUGCUGCUUCUUAAGAUUGUCUUAGAAUCGUGCAUAGCCCUUUUUAAAUUACAUCUUAACAAUCUUCUGCUCAAAAGCUUGAUAUAGUCUUGAGCUUCUCAUGCAUCCUUUGCAAGUUAUUCACUCUCUUUCCAUGUUACUAACACUAUUCUAUUUGAAAUUGAUAACCUAGGAUGGCCAGACUCCAGAAUCAUUAUAUAUUUGGCACCAUCUUAUGAUACACCAUUGAACGGAUGGAACUCGUGAAACUGUUGAUCUUUGAAACUGCUUGUAAAUAGUUUUUGCACCAUAUUAGCUUGCAGCAUGACUGCAACUGGAUCAGGUCCAGCACCGCGGAAACAUACUAUAUCUUCUUGCAUGUGUUUGUCCAGGUUGGAGUAAGCUGGUGUCAUGCAUCUAUAUAAAGUUGAGGAUUAGAUGUACCGAGAAUCAUUGAUCUAGAAUCUCAUACAUUGAAGUAUAUUUUGGUAAUGCACUGAAAUGA